CGGAGUACCUGCUCUCCAGUCCACCUCGGCGUCCGGCCGUUUCAACCUCGUUUUUAUUCGCGUCACGGGGGCGUCGUGGCGGUGGUGGUCCCCGCCUGCUCUCCGCGCGUUCCAGAGGCGGAGGGAGAGGCGACGGGGCGGGUACAAAUUCCCUUCCAGAACCUGCCGCUCCCCACCACUGGCACCCCGUCCGCCAGUCCGCCUCAGCUCUCUCUGCCUCACGCUCCCGUGCCGAGUCCCCUGACUCUCGCAGGUCAGGUGUGCCCCUCUUGCAGUCGCUCUCUGCUCCUGCUCGCCAUGUGCUCGAUGAAUUAGCUGUGUGGCGGGUAUACCUCUGUUGUCUGUUGGGUCUUGUUUGAGCCGAUCGGUCCAUUGGAGUGGAGCGGCGAUGUGGUCCUAAUCCAGCAGCUGGUUACCGCUUUGGUAAUUGGCUGCCCCCCUCAUUAUCACAAUGGCAGGGUCACUUAUUGCUUGCUCUCCUGAAGUGGAUCCGAAGAUAGAGAAGCCUGAUGAGAUGGUUAAUGCUGGUGUUCUUGCAAGUCUUCAGAAAUUCCUACGCAAGUGCCUCAUAGCUGUCAUCUCAUAUGGCCCAAUGCCCAAGCACAUAGCCUUUAUUAUGGACGGUAACCGCAGAUAUGCUACAUUCAGAAGCAUCCAGCAAGGAGCUGGUCACAGGGUGGGUUUCUCUGCUCUUAUUGCAAAUCUGCUGUACUGCUAUGAAAUGGGUGUGAGGUACAUCACGGUGUAUGCAUUUAGCAUUGACAAUUUUAAAAGGGACCCAAGUGAGGUGCAGUCCUUGAUGCAGUUAAUGGAGGAAAAAAUCAAUGAGUUAUUAGACAGCCGGAGUGUGAUCAACAGGAUUAACUGCAAGAUCAACUUCUGGGGAAAUUUGGACCUGUUAGCUGAGCCAGUGAGGUUAGCAGCUCAGAAGCUGAUGGCAAGCACGGCUGCAAACACAGGUUUAGUUCUCUCUGUCUGCAUGCCAUAUAACUCGACUUCUGAGAUUGUCAAUGCUGCUAAUGAGGUCUGCGCAGAAAGGAGGGAGAUGCUGCAGAGAGAACAUGCCAGCGACUCUAAUGGUCAGGCUGCAAAUAACAGUGUGCAUUCAGAGAUUUCAGUGGCCGAUUUGGAUCGCCAUAUGUAUAGCGCUGGUUGCCCGGAUCCUGACAUUGUGAUUCGGACUUCAGGUGAGACUCGGCUGAGCAAUUUCCUCCUGUGGCAGACGACGUUCAGUCAUCUGCAGAACCCAGACCCCCUCUGGCCUGAAUUCUCGUUCAGGCAUCUUGUUUGGGCUAUAUUAAAGUACCAAAGAGCCUACCCUUAUCUGGCGCAGAACAAAAAUGUGGCAAAGAAGCAACUCUGAUUUGGUGUUGUUUGCAGGGGGAUACCUCAUACUUAGGGUGAUUAUAGCUAUAUCACAUCUAGCAUAUGCCAAAAUGAAAAUAGCUUACGGAGAUGUUUCAGGUCAUAAUGUACCUGCCAUUCUACUGAUUGUGUAACUGAUUUGAGCUUGUACACAUAUUUGUGAUUCCUGGAUUUGUACUGUAUGAAUACCUUUUUUUUUUAGCAGCUGUAUGAAUACCUUUACUAAGCAAAGUGCCUUGUCUCUCUGAAA